AUGUCAAGCGAAUAUUUUUGUAAAAUUUGCGAAAUCGCAUGCAAUGGUAAAGCGCCCUAUGAACAACAUUUAAAAAGUGCAAAACAUAUAAAAAAAGCUAAAUUAAAUGAAUCUCAAAACCCUUCUGAACAAGCUACUUCAACGAAUACUAAUACAGCAUCUUCAAUUGUGAACAGUCUUAUAUCAUUGACAACAACAAAUAAUAAUAAUUCGGAAGAACUAUCAUUUUCAUCAAUAACAUCUACAAUAGGUCCUGAAACAAUGCGAAUUUUACUUGAAUGGAAUCAUCCGCGCGGCUAUAAACCUUAUUGUGAUAUUUGUCAAUUACAGUUACAUGGCGGAGAUAAUGCCGAUGUACAUUUUCAACCAAUAAAUAAUAUUCACAAUGAAAAGUUAGCUGUGUGGAAACUGAUUUGUGAAGGCGAUGGAAAAUAUUCAUGUAAAGUAUGCUUAGAAAUAUUUUCUAGUGAAUCUUUAAUGUGUGAACAUUUCCAAUCGGAUCAACAUGCAAAUUCAGUUCAACAAAAAGCUUAUAUGGAAAAAUUUAUUAAGAUUUAUGAAACAUACAAUAAACUUAAACAGGCUCGAAAAAAAAGAAAAGCUGUAGAAACAAAUGCUACUGUUGAUGAUAGUUUGGAAAAUAGUUUUAAAAAUUUAAACAUUAUUGAUGCUACAAAGUCGACAGCAACAACAACGAAAGAUGGUCCUUUCAACAUGUCUAUGCUUCAAGAUGCAAUGAGAAAAAUGGUCGAUGAUGAAAAUUGA